AGAUUCGGACGUGGGAUACGUGUACGUGUGCGAUUUGGAGUAUCCAAAAUCUAUCCACGCGCUGACGCGGUACUUCCCCCUGGCUCCCGAGAAGGCUGUCGUUCCGAAGGAAUGGCUCUCACCAUUCCAGCGAGGGCUCCUCGAAGAGUUAAUGUAUCAGCCGGCGAACAGCAAAAAGCUGCUGCUCACGUGCAAGGACAAGGUCGAGUACGUCGUUCAUUACGCGCUGCUCGCGCUCUAUUGUAGAUUGGGCAUGCGGGUGACGAAAAUUCACAGAAUUCUAAAAUUUCGUCAGGCACCAUUCCUGCGUCCCUACAUUGAGGACAAUGUUGCCAGACGCGUCGCAUCGAGCACGACGUUCGAGAAAAAUUUCUAUAAAAUCUCAAAUAAUGCGGUCUUCGGGCGUACGUUGCUAAAUAAAUUUAAUAUGCGAGACAUUCGAGUAGCCUUCGAUGAGGAGACGGCGAGUCGCCUCGGGAGUCGGGCGGAAUGCGCGCGAAUGGAAAUUUUGUCCCCCGAUUGUGUCAUGUACGAAAUGCGCAAGAGAAAAGUGCGAUGCGAUUUCCCCCUGCAGAUUGGCUUCACGAUUUUAGAACUGAGUAAGUUAACCAUGUACUCGUUCUAUUAUGAAACCCUGCUGAGCAAGCUCACUUGUCCGGUGAUUACCUGCUACUUUGACACGGAUUCUCUGAUCCUCGGCCUAUUCUGCAAGGACUACGAAGAUCAGUUACGCGCGAUCGCCGACGACCAUUUAGACUUGUCUUCCUUCGAUCGUGAUCAUCCACUGUACAGCGAGAGGAAUCGCGGUAGACUUGGCGCGUUCAAAAGUGAAACGGGUAGCGUACCCAUCGAGGAAGUAAUAUGCCUGAAAGCCAAAAUGUAUUCCAUCAAAUUAGCCGGGGGAAAACAAAUUGCAAGAGCUAAAGGGGUCAAACAGAACAUUGUGCGCAAACACCUCCUCCAUGACACGUACCGCGAUACCCUAUUCAAGCACGCCAGCGUAUCGCACGAACAGGUGUCAAUAGUGGGAAAGAAACAGUGCAUGUACACCAUCCGAAACGUGAAAAGAAGUCUGAUGGCGUACGACGACAAACGGUACCUCUACAAUGACGUGGACUCCUACCCGUACGGAAGCUGCGAAUAUGAUAAUGCAGAGGAUGAGUAGGAGUAGCGUCAUUUGACCUGCGUCACUGGAAGGAUGUGGUACCUCGUUCUCUUCUCGCUCGUCUCGUGCGCACUGGCGCUGGACGCCGGCAACUGCACUGCGAGCAUCAAGCUGGAGAAGGAUAAGCACACGUACGCGCACGAAUGCCCCGGCGACAUCUUGGCCAUCAGAGAGUGGCACGUGGUACCUAUGCGGUCCGGCAUUAACCUGGACAGGAACGCUACUGGAUCGUUGCGUACGUGCCUUCACUCGCUGGACGUGAGCGACAGCUACGAAGAUAUCCAGUGCACGCGGAAGUGCCAACUCACGGAGGACGAAAUUUUUCUCAGCCGCUGUCCCGGAGACGUCUACAUGAUCCGUCACUUCCGUGGAACCAUGCCCAGCAUCAAGGGAAUCAACCUCUCCAAAACUGCCAUGCUUUUCCUCAAACAUGUACUCAAUAAACGUUGAAAGGUA